UCUUAAAUCCACUGAAAAAUAUAUUUAUCGCUGUAAUGAGUAAAACAAGUCGAUCUACGUAUUCUGUUUCUCUGAAAUUCUGGAUUAGGUUGUAAAGUUCAGGUCACCAACAUUUAUACCUUCGGUCGAGUAUAAUAGGAGUUCAAUAUGGUAAGUAGGUUUUGGAGAAGUGUUUUACAUUUAAUUUUCAAUCUACCUUCUAAUUCAACCCCGCUUUCCCAGAUUCCGUUGAUGAUAAGUUUGUUCACAAAAGUUAUAAUGGGGUUGUUAACAAUAAAUAGCAUGCUAAACAUGGUUUUAAGUUGAAGUUUAUGGGGUUGUUAGCGACAUACAGCAUGUUAAACAUUUUAAGUUGAAGUUAAUGCAAGCGAAAUUGCUUGCAAAGCGGGUUAAGUAAAAUAAAGAUGGCUUUCCGUCAAUCCAGAAGCUUCAAUCAAUCUCUCUUCUGAUUCUUAUUCGAGGUAUGGUAAAUCUUACUCUCAAUUUCGUGGAGCCUUGAGUUAUUGAAGUCUCUGUUUCUAGUGAUUGGCAUGGAAAGUUCUGCAUGAUUCAUAAUGGCCUUUAGCAAUUAUGUGCUGCGAGACAGAUUGGGAUGUAGUGAUAGAGUAUCAAAGGUUCUGAAAAAGCUGUACAUUUAAUUUUCAUUAACAUCGGGAUCACACUCUGUCAUCUAUCAUUGAAUAGUGAGGUAAAAUGAUAUAGUUAGAUUGGGGUGUCUAGACUACAAUCAAGCAUGACUAAUUUUUAGCCAGUGAUAAUGAUCUCAACAAUGGGUGCCUUUAAAAUCAACAAAACUUUUUUGUUUAUGCAGUGCCCAAACGCCUGCAGUUUCGUUCAUACAUUACGCAUCUCAUCCCUCAAAGUAAAGUGGAGGAGGGAUUAUGGAAUGGACGAGGCUAUAAAGAAUGAUAAAAGAUGGAGGCUUUGUGAUAAAAUAGUGAGAGAAGUGCUUAAAGAGCCUGGACACGUAAUUCCCCUCAGAUACCUGGAGAAAAGGAGGGAGAGGUUACAUUUGCCUUAUAAAGUGCAAACCUUUUUAAAGCAGUAUCCUGGUCUAUUUGAAAUGUACAUGGAUAGAAUCAAACCCAAAACUCAGCCUGUUCCAUUUCUGCGCAUCAGCGAUCGACUGGCUCAAUUUUUGGAGGAAGAAAAGAGGAUUAAGAAUGACAAUGAAUUACUUCUGAUCGAUCGGUUGAAAAGGAUACUUAUGCUCACUCAACACAAAUGCCUUAGUGUUCAAAAGCUUGCUGAUGUGAAAAGAGACUUUGGUUUUCCGGAAGACCUUAUAUCCACUUUAUCUUCCAAAUACCCUAAUCUGUUUAGAGUUGUUCAUGAUGAUGACAACGGUCUUACUCCUCCCUAUGUGCAACUUGUGUCAUCAGACCUUUCCAAUGCCAAUAACACUCCUCUCUCUGCAGUAGAAAUGAUGGCACAAGAAGAAUCCCAUAACACUCCUCUCUCUGCAGUAGAAAUGAGGGCACAAGAAGAAUCCCUUAAGACUGGGAGACCUUACACUCCUGCUUUUAGUGUCCGCCUCCCACCUGGGAUGGUGUUGAAGAAAGGAAUGAUGGAGUGGACAAGAAACUGGAUGGAAUGUCCUUAUAUAUCACCUUAUGUAGAUUCAACACAUUUAGAUCCGGCUUUACCUGAAAUGGAAAAACGAACGGUGGGUGUUUUACAUGAAGUACUUUCGCUUACUGUGCUUCGAAGGAUGGCAGUUCCAACAUUGGGAAAAUUCUGUAAUGACUUCAGAUUGCCAAAUGCAUAUACAAAGAUUUUCACAAGACAUCCGGGGAUCUUUUAUUUGUGCCAUAAGGGUGGUAUCGAAACAAUAAUGUUGCGAGAGGCAUAUGACAGGGCAGAUUUGAUUGAUAAAGAUCCCUUGCUCCUCAUAAAAGAGAAGUUCUGUGAGCUUCUAAAAGAAGGCCGUGAGAAGCAGGCUAAAGAAAAAGGAACUGAAAUGGACAGUGAUUCUUCAGAAGAAGGAAGCAGUGUACAGAAUGGACAUGGGAUUGAAGAUAUGAUAAAAGAUGAUACCAAGAUCGGUGAUGAAGCAAAUACUGGUCAGAAAGAAAAGUAAGAUAACGACAAUACAGGCAAACGACUCUCUCCCUGAUGGAAUAGGUUGCAGUUUCAAGUGAUAAUCGUGGCAGCACAUUUAAGGUCAGAGUUACAAUACAGUGUGCCUGAGAAAUAUUAUGAUGACGGGUAAAAACAGCUGCAGUCCCUCCAUGCUUUCUAUACGCGAACUAAAUUGAAGGCCUUCAGAUGAUUCUGAAUGCUGUUAUAGCAAUAUUGCUACAAAACAUUGCUAAAACAAGAUAGGUAUGUGUUUGGCAGAAUUGAAGAUUGAGAGAAUGUUCCUUUAGUACCCUUUCUUCAUAACCUUGUGAGUAUAUCAUAGAAAAUAAAAUGUCAUACUUAGCAACUGAGGUAAUUUCAUCAAAUUGCACAGAGGCUCACUGAGGGGACAUUUGUGUUGUCCCCCUUUUGGUAGGAUACGAUUGCAUAUCCAAUUCUCCUGCAAAAUGCAAAUUACAAUGGAUUGGUUCACAUGAUGAGGAGCUCCAAGAAUUGUUCCAUUUGUUCCAAGGUUGCCUUCUUCAUCCCUUAAAGUUUUUAAGUGCCUACAAAAUAGAAAUAUCAUGAAGAUGAAAGUAGAAUCAAACAAUGAAACUAAGAACACUAUUUGUUGGGCAUGCAUGACCUUCACUGAGAAGGGCUUUUCUCCAAACAUUUUGCAUUUGAAACUUGUUCAAAUACAUUAAUGUCGAUGGUUGGUUCACAUUCCUAUUUUAUCAUGCAUUUAGCUUGUUUAUUAAUGUAUGUCCUCUCAACGUUUGAAUCCUCUUCCAACCUGGUGGAAACUCCUAGUUUUCAGUAUUUAUGUUAGACAUUACUAUUUGAUACUUUAAACUUCAAUUCAUCCUGGGAUUUUAAUGACAAAAGUAAAGUUUCUGUCAACAACUCCUGCAUUAUAUUGCGAGUUUGCAUAGCAGUUGAUGAGAAUAAAUAGACGUGUUCUGUUGACUCAGACAAUUAAUACUAGAAUGUCUUCAUAUUUAUCAGUGCUUAAUU